AUGUUCACUAUUUUCAUUCCGAGCAACCAACUUGCCUCGGGAUGCCACCUGCUAACCAGUGCCAUCUUUCCAUAUGCGAGCAUAGGCACUCACAUUGCAAAACUCAGUGCUCAACACCCGUUCGAUCUGUCGAUUAGAUCGAUCAGACUACAUAAUCAUUCUCGCUCAGAUAUUCGUACCGCCAGUGGAAUCUUACUUGAAUCAAUGAUUGGCCGCCCCUUUUCCGGUUUCUGUCCCCAAAGAGAAGGUGGAGCAGCGCCAGCUGGCAUAUCUGCAGCAUCGAUUAUCUAUGUCACCGAGCCUCUUGCAGCACUAUUGUCCAGUGACCGGUGCAAGGCCGCGUCAGGCACUGUACCGCACUGGCUCCAUUUCAGUGAGCAACGAUCAGCGACGACAUGUCUGGUACACACUGCGGCAGAGGCAAGGGGUAUCAACCAGAUUGCACUUAUUAGCAUCACCAGCCCAAACAAACGACGAUGUACAAAUGAGGAAGAGCCCAAACCUCGCCAUCUGCCGCCUCAACCACGGUUCCUCUCAGCGCCAUGA